UUAGACCGCAGCAGGGCCUCCUGCCGUCAGAUUUCGUGGCGCAGGGUGUGCUGUGCCACAGGUCAUCAGAGUGAAGAAGAGGUCGCCGGAGGGAGGAACGGAAGCUUUGGCGGUCGAAGCGCCGGAGCCCGCGACCGGAACAACGUGCAGGUUGCCUGUUUCCUCGAAUCGAACGCGACGUGCUGCGUGCUCUCUUCCGCGAGUGAUGUCAAUGCGAGGAAGAAUCGGUUUUCGUAUCAUCUGACGAGAUGACCUUAACAGAUCAAACGACGAAAGCCAAAGGACCGCCGCGAUGGCUGGAGCCGGACCAAGUCCUUCCGGUUCAAGGACGCGUCGGCGAAGACAUCGUCGUGGAACCGAAAUUACGGUGGUCCGACGUUUUCGACGAACUACGAUUCGAACUGCUACGCGGAGAUGUACCGAUACCAUCCGAUCGAUAUAGAGUACAAAUGAGAGGCAACGUCGUCCAGUUGACUCUGAAGCAAUCACAAAAGGACGACACAGGACACUAUGCUCUGGUGGCUACGAGAGUCGAUCAAGGAUUCGACAAAGGAUCUUCCAAGAAAAUUCACCUCAGCAUCGAUGAAGCUUCGGAAGAGGGUGAUCCACCAGUCUUCUUACGAAGAUUGACAGAUCUUGCGGUUAAAGUUGGCACCAGGACCAGAUUCCUCGUGGAAAUCCGGAGUUCGACCACGCCGCAGAUCACUUGGCACAGAAAUGCCGAGCCGGUCCACGCGGGUUCAAGAUUCUCUUUCGUCCACGAGGGAAAUUUCUAUUGCGUGGAUGUGGCACCUGUCACGGUCGAGGACGAAGGACACUGGACCUGCAUGGCGGAAAAUCGAGGCGGACGAUCAUCCUGCACCUCCCGUCUUACCGUAAUCGUUCCAAAAGCGUACAAAAGGCCAGAAUUCGUCGAGGAGCUUCGAGCUCUUCUUACAGAGACAGGUACGGUGUCCUUGGAGUGUAAAGUAGUCGGUGUACCUACGCCGGUGCUAAGAUGGUUCAAGGACGACAAAGAAAUCAAGGCUGGUGAUGUCUUCGCUUUAACUGCCAACCUCGAUGACCCAACCUCCCUUGGCAUUUAUACUUGCGAGGCAGUAAACUGCAUGGGAACUGCUUAUUCUUCUUCAAAAGUACAUGUGGUUGGGAAGGGCAGUAGGGAAGGUUCCUUGAAGCCAGCAGAUUCCUUAACACCGUCCGGUCCUCUUCCUACUUUCACGAAGAUUCUGCAGGACGAAUGUUGCAGGAUUGGGGACACUCUCCGGCUUUCUUGCCAAGUUCAAGUACCACCAUGGCCGAAAGCAAUUACGUGGUACAACAAAGAAGGACGCAUCGAACCGAGCGAGAAAUACCACGUGAUGGAAGAUGGCCUUGGUGGCUACUUUAUAGAGGUAAGCCCUGUGGAAGCUAUGGACGAGGGUGAGUGGAAGUGCGUCGCCACGAGCGCUGAAGAUAUGAAACAGUUUACUACUUGCUACGUUGCAAUGUCCAUUCCAAAGAACUACAGGAAACCCCGCUUCAUGGAAAGCUUGAAAGCUGUCCUGACAGAAGAAGGUCUGGUGUCCUUUGAGUGCAAGGUCGUAGGAUUCCCCACGCCAUUGCUGAGGUGGUUCAAAGACGGCCAGGAACUAAAACCAGGAGAUGUUUAUCAAUUAACCGGGACCAACUCCUUAGGAUCCUAUUGUUGCAUCGCAAGAAAUUGUAUGGGAGAAGCAAAAAGUACAGCCGAAUUAACGAUCGAAGAUAUACAAAAUCAAUUAAACGAAGAAGAACGUCUGCAACUUUUAAGCACAAACCAGCCGCCCAUUUUCAUCAAAGGUCUUAGAAGUUGCGAAGCGAGAAUUAACGAAGAUUUCCGAUUUACGGUGCAAGUCAGUAUUUCGCCCGAGCCAAGCCUAGCUUGGUACAGGGACGACCAGCCAGUGGAGGAGAACGAGAAGUACCAGGUUGCCAAGGAAAAUCUUGGCACUUGCCAUCUCGACGUACAAAAGCUCGAGUUUCUCGAUCAAGCCGAGUGGAAGUGUGUAGCUUCCAACGACCACGGUCAAAGCGUCACUUCCUGUUUUCUCAAAUUAAUCAUUCCCAAGCACUACAAGAAACCCAAGUUUCUUGAGAGUUUGCGCGCCAUAUUAUCGGAAGAAGGCGCGGUAAAUUUAGAGUGCAAAGUGAUCGGUGUGCCUCAACCGAUUCUCAAAUGGUACAAGGAUGGCGUCGAGUUAAAGCCAGGAGAUAUUCACAGGAUCAUUUCUGGACAAGAUGGCACCUGUUGUUUGGGCACUUACACCUGCGAAGCGACAAAUUGCAUGGGAACUGUCAGCAGUUCAGCGUCCCUUCUUGGCUUCGAAGAUAAACUCCCGGUUCAAAAAGAAGCGAAAGAACCACUGUCACCAAACGGUCACGAACUCGCCAGGAACUUGUCACUUUCAACGAUUCACGAAGAAAGAACGUCCCAGUUAUACGAUACACCACAAACCGAUCAUUCCGUCACGUUAGACGAUCGAGGAGAAGUAUCCUUCAGUUUCGAUGGUAAAGAGGUUUCCGUUAGCUUAUACGAAACACCUGAUCUCACCGAGGAAGAAGCUCUUCAGAUCGUUGAGAUGUACGCUGAUCAAUUAUCCGAACACGUAACAGAGCACAACGUGAUCGAACUGCCGCCAAUGCGAUUCGUUAAGGAGUCUUCGAAUUCCGGAAACCUGUUAAUGGAAGCAGUGGUGAUCGACGUGUCUCCGGAUUAUUUCGUCAGCGCUGAAGAUGGCGACGAUCUUCGUACAGAAGCCGACUUCGAGGACGUAUCGAUCAUGGACGACGUAACCCGUGUCUUUUCCUCUCCGGAUCAAGACUCUCGCAGUUCUUUAAAACGAUCUGCCGGGUAUAGCCUGGAAGAAGAUGACAAACCACCGACGAGACCUCCGAGAAAAAAAUCGAGCUCCUCGUCCAAAAGUGAAAAGAGCGAGAAGAGCCACAAAAUGGAAUCAGAAAGCUUUCACAGCGCUCAAAAAGACGAACCAUUUUCACCGGUGUCUCCAAUGUCACCGGUUUCCUCGUUGAAACAAGACGACAGCGACACUUUCGCUGAUGCGCUGUCUUCAGCUAGACUUUCCAUUUCAGAGAAUCAAGUUCAAAGAUUGUACGAGGACGGACGAGAAAGGAAACGCAGUCUGAGCGCGGAGAAAACAGCUGGCUCGAGCAUAGACGAUGGAAUAGGCGGAGAUUCUUCCUUCGAUUCCGUCACCGGUGCCCCAAAGAAGAAAAAACACCGAAAGAAGAAGCAUAAAAGAGAAAAAGGUAGCUCGGAAGAGUCGUCCAUUGGCAGCGAAAUCGAUGGAAAACGAAGAAAAAGUGGGUCAACAGGCGCCAAUACCGAGAUGCUUCAACGUAUAGAGUCUAUAAACAAGACCGAAGAACCAUACGUAGAAGACGUGGCUGAUAAAUCUAGCGAGAAGAAACAGACGACCAGUGAAUCUGAAAAAUCAUUAUCGAAAAGUAACAAGGAAAGAUUGUUGGACAAUAUGAGGAGGCUGAAAGAACCUGUUUUUAUCGUUAGAGACACUUUAGUGAGCAUCGACAAUCUGGAAACUAAAUUGAACGCUGGUAGCGAAGAAGAGUGUAAGAUGAUCGUGACGAAGAACGUUAUCAAACCUAUUCAAAACUUAUGCGAAGAAGUGUCUUCUAUAGAGUCAAAAGCAUUGAAGAACGCGGGUGAUAGAUCUUUGAAUCAAACCAUUCGAAUUUCUUUAUUGGAAGCUAUCGGUGGUCCGACAGAAGAGCUUCUUCGUGGAAUGGAAUUAAUAGAACGUCAGGAAAACGUGAAAAAUCGUAAGAUGGAUUUAAUUGCGAUUUUGGAAAGCCUGACGGACCCAGUGGAUGAGAUUCUUAUGGGAAUCACGAAGCUCGAACAUGAGCUAACUGGACGAGCAAAGGGCGAGAGACCGAUCGCUUUAAUCAGGAUGAUUUCUGCAGUUUCUAAGCUCGAUGAAAAUGUCAGGAAUGUAUUAACUGUGGAUAAACGAACUACAAGAUUGGUAGCGAGCUUGGAAGAUAUUCUCAAUACUUUGGAUCUCUUUUUGAGCGACGUUUCCGUGGAUCCAACUAAAGGAACGAUAGAAACUGUGGAUACGGUAGUCGUUGAAUCUCUUUCGAAGUCUAUAGAAGACAUGGCGCGAGCUCUCAGUAGGUUUUCCAGCAUCGAAGCAAAAGCAGACGGUGCUUCUAAAAUUGCAGAAGAACUUAUUCCUCCAACGCGCGAAUUAAAAGCAAAAUUAGACACGUUAAAGUCUGCCUUGGAGACUUACGAAACGAGGGGCAUCUUAUCCGAGCAUCGAACGAAAUUGAUCGAGUCUCUUCAAGAAUCCGCUGAACAAACAAUCGUUGAAAGUCAAAGAGUAAAAGACAAGAAGCCAAUGGAAGAUCAGAAAAGGAUAGUCGAAGAGCCCAAGGAAGAUAUUCUAAGGGAAGUGAGAUUGAGCCUUCAGGAAACGUUGAAAACGUACGAAAACAUUGCUGAUACUCUGGAUCCUCGACUCUGCUCCAUUUUCGACCGAAUUGACGAGAUGUACAGAAGACUGAGGACACCACAAAGACGAGAAAUUGGCCUGGAAUCUCUGACAAAUCUCGAAGGUCCUUUGUAUUCUCUUCAGUGCGCUCUAACCUCGAUUUCCACCGCGGAGAAUUCUGAAACGAUAUCUAAACUCCUGGAACCUGCCAUUUCUCAGUUGAAAUCAACAAUAACUAAUUUGAACGAGAAUUCUUUGCAGUCUAUAUUGGAAAUGGUUAAUAACAUCGAGCGGAUUAUUUAUAAAACGGACAGCGAAUUGGAAGAAGGUACAUCUUCGAAAUCGAUACAGGAACAGCCUCACAAUUUGACAGAUAGAGUCCUGGAUCCUUUAAUAGAUGUUCAAGCAGCUUUAAGCACUGCUCUACAGAAUAUAGAAGACGUCGAAUCUGUUACAAACGGAGCAGCUAGUUCUCAAAAAUUAUUAGCUUCUUCCGAAAUAGCUGUUUGUCUCGUAGAGCUCAGACAAUAUAUAUCUGACGCGGUUCAUACAGCGAUGACCUUGAGGGAAGAUGAAACGAUAAAUAGCUUGAUAGAUCUGAAGGAACCAUUGCUGGAUCUUCAAACGGCUCUUGUUUCCAAAGGAAGGACUUUCCAGGAGCUUCCAGUGAUUCGUAAAAUGUCGAUCCCAGUAGAAAAGCUGAAGAUCGUUGUAUCGAAAGCAUUAAAACACUCCGCGUCACAAGAAGAUAUCAAUUCGAUGAAAGAUCUUUGGAAAAUGAUAGAAGAGAUUGAAACUCAAUUACCAAAGACAAUAUCUCAGUUAGUGGAGGCCGAAGAAGCGACAAAACAUAUUUUGGACAGUUUGAACAUCGAUCAGAAUCUCAGUAAUAUUCACUUUGCUUUGUCUUCGACGUUAGAAAGGCAAGAAAAGAGCUAUCCUAAUUAUACCUCGUGUCUAACAAUAUCUGUAGAAGAUCUAAGGCAGAAUAUUGGAUCUUCAGCGGUAGCGAUUGCUAAUUUAAAGAAUCCAGUGGACGAACAGAUUGUAGAACAGGUUUCUUUAUUAAAAGAAUGUCUGUUGAGUUUGCAGAGAUCUUUAUUGACCCAAGAACAUGAACCUGAAGAGGAGCAAAUUUUAAAAGAUUUGAUAAAUCCAAUCGAGAAAUUGAAGAGACUGGUUCAAACUAUGGUAAACACCGACGCAAGAACAGACGUAAUUCUUCCAGUUUUGGAAUUACUCGAAGAAAUAGAGAAAGACACGCCAUUAAUUGCAAGGGAGACAUCAAAAAAGAAAGCUAAAAGAGAAGCAGAAAAAUUAAUUCCGAAAAAGGAAGAACCAAAGAAACAGAAAGAUCAGUCGUUUGGUUUAGCAGAUAGGAUCUCUCGAUCCUUAUAUCCUAUGAAACAUUGGUUAUCAAACACAUCUGAAGAAAGCACGAAGGACGAAGAAGAAUCUGCUUUAAGUUCAACCGUCGACGAAUUGAAGAAAGACGUAAACAAAAUUGCUAUUGAAACAUCGUAUUCUGAACCUCCAAGUGACGAAAAUUUGAUAGAGGCAUUGGUAGAUCUUCGUGAACCUUUAACAAGGUUACGAAAUGCUAUAUCGAUGUACCACGAACCAGCAGAUUUGACAACUUUGGAGGAAUUGGGCAGACCAAUGAAGUAUCUCCUGCAGACUAUCAUGGACAUUCUUAAAGACCACCCUGAAGAAGAAACACUUCGACCUAUAGUGGAUAUCGUGGAAGAAAUUGAAAAUCAGAUACCUAUUUCUAUCAAAGAGGCUCUUUACAGGAAAGAAUUGAAAGAAAUGGUACAAUCAAUGACUCAAGAGAAGAUGGUGGAAGCAACGACGUCUCAAGAAACCAUUCAAGAAGAGUCCAUUCCUCAGGAGACUGUUCUUCCAGAAAGAGAAGAAAUUACAGCACACGUUUCCCAAGAAACCAUUCCUGAGGCAACUCUAAUGGAAAGCACUACGAUAUUGCUUGAAACGCAGUUUACUGAAUCGAUAGCUGAACAGACUGCAGUCGAAGAAAGUUCUCAAAGAACAGAACAGUUAAUUACAACGAUAGAGGAAUUACCAAAGGAAAAGAAAGAUAUGAAGAAAGCGAAGAAAGAAGAAGAAGCAAAGAGCUUGGUUGUUUCCUUGUUCAAAACGCUGGAAAGUGUUCAGAUAGAUAUAACAGGGAUUUUGGAAGAUUUUGAAGAACCUACAGCUGGAACUACCAUUGUUCCAGUUUCUAUAUUAGCUAAUUCCGUGGAAGAACUUAUGAAGACGAUUUCUGAGAUGAGAGUGACAACUGGAACCUAUGGAACAUCGGUUAAUUCCUACGAAGAAAUAGUUAGUCAGACUGUAUCUGUGCUAAAGAACCUUCUCCAACCUUUGAACAAUCUUCAGAAAGUUCUGCAGCAAUCACACCAGCAUGGUGCCCAAGAACUAUUAAUCUUGAACCAUUUAAUUCAUCCAUUGAACGUGAUCGAAUCCGAAGUGAUCAAUAGUGCAAUCGAGAAGCUUGAUCAAAAUUCUGAUCUGAAGAAAAAUUGUGAACCUAUUUUGAAUCUUCUUAGAGAUAUCAAAGAUACGGUACCAAUCGUUGUGAAAGAUAUUCAUUCUAGGCAAGAGCUUCUUGGAUCUCUUCGUGAGAUCUCGAAACCUUUGGAAAAUAUCGAGGAACAAAUGAAAAUUCUUGAAGCUCAAGCUGAUGUUACUCUGGAGACAGAUGUAGCCAGAAUUCUGGUGAAGCCUUUGGAUUAUUUACUAAACACAGUAAACGUGACUUCGCAAGAGCUUGAGCUCUUAGAUCAGCGAAGAGAAAUUAUUGUUGAAUUUCGAACUCUUGUUGAACCUUUAGUGGAAUUUUUGAGCAGUCUUUCGGUCGUUCAAAGUAGCAGAAAAAGUUUAGUCCCAGAAUCAGCUUUGUUGGACGAAAGACGAAGCGUUAUUUCAAAGGCAGUCGAAGGUUUACAAAGACAAACUUCAACCAUUUUGGAAAGAAUUUCUAAUUUAGAAGGAGCCACACUUUUUGAAGGUGCAUUGAGUUCACUGAAGAAUGCUACUAUCUCUGUUCAACAACAAAUUGGUGGGACUGAUUAUUCAAGAAGAUCUAGCAACGAAUUUACUCUUCAAUAUAAUCUGUCGAGUUCGUUUAAUCAUUUGAAGAAUACAAUUGCAGUUUUGGAUAAGAAUGUGGAUAAAUCUGUUCAUCAAGUGAUUUCGAAGUCGUUAGAAGCUUUAGAGAAGCAAAUUACGUUAUCAGAAACACAUUUCAUGCAAACGUUCACUGAGCAAGCGGUAGAUGAAGAAGCUAUCGUUGAAGGAUUUUUGUAUCCGACUAAUCAACUUAGGUCAGCUUUGAAUGUAUUAAAGGAAAAAAUUAAUCAGAAAUCGAUAUCCUCUGUUUCCGUCCAGACUGUGACUCUUCUUCAGGCUCUGGCUAAUUCUACGACAGAGUUGGCUUCCUCUUUGUCUCUUCAUCGGGUCAGGUUAAUAAGAGAACGAGCUUCUGAAGGUUCUUCGCUUGUCGAAACCUUGUCUGCUAUGGUGGAUGUUUUGGAGAGUGUGAACGAUUCUAUAAGAGAAAUUGAAAUGGUGGCGAAUGUAGAGAAAACUAUGACAGAAGAGAAAGAAGAGAAUAUUUCACCUGAUGUCCCUAUUACUAUUACACAGAUUGAAACUAUUGUGGAUGAGAUCAUUGAAGUUUCAAGGGAAGAAGUGGAAAGUGUGUUAACUAUUGAAAAAAUACCACCUGAAGAAGAACGAUUGAAAAUAGAGGAAAUAGAAUCUGAAGAGAAAAUUCAGGAGCUUCGAGAACAAACAGCAGAAAAGAUUAAAGGUCCGGAAACAACGAAAGAAGAAAAGCUCGAUACCUUCGAAGCAAUGAAAGAGGAAACAACAAAAGCGCGUGAAACAACUGAAGAGGGACAGAUCAAAGUUCUUCAAGUAAUGGGAAAAGAAAAAGUUGAAACUUUUGAAGGAGUGACAGAAGGAAAAGUCGAACUUCUUGAGGGGACAACAGAAAAGAAAGCUCAAGCUCUUGAAGUAACUGAAGAGGAAAAGAUCAAAGUUCUCCAAGUAAUGGGAAAAGAAAAAGUUGAAACCCUUGAAGGACCGACAGAAGGGAAAGUCGAACUUCUUGAAGGAACAACAGAAGAGAAAGCUAAAGCUGUUGAGGUAACUGAAAAAGGAGAAACCAAAGUUCUCCAAGUAAUGGGAAAAGAAAAAAUUGAAACCCUUGAAGGAGCGACAGAAGGGAAAGUCGAACUUCUUCAGGGGGCAACAGAAGAAAAAGCUACAGCUCUCGAAGUAACUGAAGAGGAAAAGAACAAAGUUCUCCAAGUAAUGGGAAAAGAAAAAGUUGAAACCCUUGAAGGACCGACAGAAGGGAAAGUCGAACUUCUUGAAGGAACAACAGAAGAGAAAGCUAAAGCCCUUGAGGUAACUGAAGAAGGAGAAACCAAAGUUCUCCAAGUAAUGGGAAAAGAAAAAGUUGAAACCCUUGAAGGAGUGGCAGAAGGAAAAAUCGAACUUUUUGAGGGGACAGCAGAAGAGAAAGCUACAGCUCUUGAAGUAACUGAAGAGGAAAAGAUCAAAGUUCUCCAAGUAAUGGGAAAAGAAAAAGUUGAAACCCUUGAAGGAGUGGCAGAAGGAAAAAUCGAUCUUUUUGAGGGGACAGCAGAAGAGAAAGCUACAGCUCUUGAAGUAACUGAAGAGGAAAAGAUCAAAGUUCUCCAAGUAAUGGGAAAAGAAAAAGUUGAAACCCUUGAAGGAGUGGCAGAAGGAAAAAUCGAUCUUUUUGAGGGGACAGCAGAAGAGAAAGCUACAGCUCUUGAAGUAACUGAAGAGGAAAAGAUCAAAGUUCUCCAAGUAAUGGGAAAAGAAAAAGUUGAAACCCUUGAAGGAGUGGCAGAAGGAAAAAUCGAUCUUUUUGAGGGGACAGCAGAAGAGAAAGCUACAGCUCUUGAAGUAACUGAAGAGGAAAAGAUCAAAGUUCUCCAAGUAAUGGGAAAAGAAAAAGUUGAAACCCUUGAAGGAGUGGCAGAAGGAAAAAUCGAACUUUUUGAGGGGACAGCAGAAGAGAAAGCUACAGCUCUUGAAGUAACUGAAGAGGAAAAGAACAGAGUCCUCCAAGUAAUGGGAAAAGAAAAAGUUGAAACCUUUGAAGGGGUGACAGAAGAAAAAGUCGAACUUCUUGAGGGGACAACAGAAGCGAAAGCUCAAGCUCUUGAAGUAACAGAAGCAGAGAAGGUCAAAGUUCUUCAAGUAAUGGGAAAAGAAAAAGUUGGAACCCUUGAAGGACCGACAGAAGGGAAAGUCGAACUUCUUGAAGGGACAACAGAAGAGAAAGCUAAAGCCCUUGAGGUAACUGAAGAAGGAGAAACCAAAGUUCUCCAAGUAAUGGGAAAAGAAAAAGUUGAAAACCUUGAAGGAGUGGCAGAAGGAAAAAUCGAACUUUUUGAGGGGACAGCAGAAGAGAAAGCUACAGCUCUCGAAGUAACUGAAGAGGAAAAGAUCAAAGUUCUCCAAGUAAUGGGAAAAGAAAAAGUUGAAAUCCUCGAAGAAGCGACAGAAGGAAAAGUCGAACUUUUUGAGGGCACAACAGAAGAGAAAGCUAAAGCUCUUGAAGUAACAGAAGCAGAGAAGAUCAAAGUUCUUCAUGUAAUGGGAAAAGAAAAAGUUGAAACUCUUGAAGGAGUGGCAGAAGGGAAAGUCGAACUUUUUGAGGGGGCAACAGAAGAGAAAGCUACAGCUCUCGAAGUAACUGAAGAGGAAAAGAUCAAAGUUCUCCAAGUAAUGGGAAAAGAAAAAGUUGAAACCCUUGAAGGGGUGACAGAAGGGAAAGUCGAACUUCUUGAAGGGACAACAGAAGAGAAAGCUAAAGCUCUUGAGGUAACAGAAGCAGAAAAAGUGAAAGUUCUUCAAGUAAUGGGAAAGGAAAAAGUUGAAACCCUUGAAGGAGUGGCAGAAGGAAAAAUCGAACUUUUUGAGGGGACAGCAGAAGAGAAAGCUACAGCUCUUGAAGUAACUGAAGAGGAAAAGAACAGAGUCCUCCAAGUAAUGGGAAAAGAAAAAGUUGAAACUUUUGAAGGAGUGGCAGAAGGAAAAGUCGAACUUCUUGAAGGGACAACAGAAGAGAAAGCUAAAGCUCUUGAAGUAACUGAAGAGGGAAUACUCGGCACUCUCCAAAUAAUGGGAACGGAAACACUUGAAUCUCCUGAAUUGGUAGAAGAAGAACUUGAAGUUCUGAAAGAAAUGAAAGAUGAAACAGUUAUGGCUCUUGAAGCAGCAGUUGUAUCCCCUGAAUUGGUACAAGAGAGUAAAGUUGAAAGUAUUAAGGUAAUGAACGUCGGAAAGGUCGUGUCGGUUGAAGGAAUGAAAGAAGAAAAAGCUGGAGAUCUGGAGAUAACGAAAGAAGGAGAAUCAGUAGUAAUACACAAAUCAACAGAAGAAUUGUCGAAAGCAGUGGAAAGGGUUGAAGUGUUUUCCGAAGAGACAACAGAAGGUGCUGGCCAAAUAUUAUUUGAUAUGACAGAGAAACUAUCGAUAAAAGAGGAAGAAGUCGAAACUGUGCCGCAGAUGACGGAAGAAAUGCCAAAGGCUAUGGUAAAAGUAGAAGCUCCGCUUGACGAAACCGAAAAGUUGAUAGAUGAAAAAAAAAUAGAAAUUUUAACAGAUGAAGUAGCACUGCCGGUUAAAACUGUAGACGAAAAAACAACAUCGUCUGAAAAAGUGGCUGUAACAGAAAAAUUAAAAGGAGCAUCUGGUGUUGAAGAAUCUGUGGAAGAAAUAAUCGCACAAACGAUAGAACCAGAACAAAAAAAAAGAAGGACUGAAACAGCAGUCGAAAGAAUGGAGGAAGGAAAAAUUGAAAAAGCAGAAGUGGCAAGUCAAGAAAUAAAAAUAGAAGAAUCUAAAAAAUCCGAAGAAUUAAAACAAAAGCAUGAUACUAAAGAGCAAGUAUUUGAAAAAGUAGAGGAAACACUAAAAACAGAAAGAGUCGUAGAAGAAUCACUAGAGAAAACAAAAGAAGAAACAAGAGAAUCAGCAUUUAAAGAAUCAAACGAGGCAGAAAGACAAAGAGAGAUAAUGGAAGCUUUAGAACGCAUAGAAGACUUAGCAAAGGCAGAAGAAAUGGCAGAGGAGGAAAGAAAACAGGCAAAAAUCAGUCUGAUACAAAAGACAGGCUCGCUGAUCAAUGCUCUACAACAACCUUUCAAAGAACUAACCAGUCUCGUGUCUGUAGCUCUAGACGAACCUCUUUCCUCGAGAUCGGAAGAAGAGAAACGAAGAAUUCGAGAAUUAACAGCCCUCAUACAAAUCCUUUACGAUUUAAAAGCAACCAGCUCAUCAAUUCAAAACACAUUAUCUUCCUCUUCAAUCUCAGAACUUAAAACGCAAUUUGUUCAUCUGCUGGAAUCCUUAAUAAACGUAGAUCAAGCCACAGAAAAGAUUCUUCGUUUGACCCAAAAGGAGUUAGCACCAGCACUGAAAGAAAACGUAAUGGUAUCCUUGCAAAUACUUUCAGAACCUCUAAAAUCUCUUCAACGUGAACUCUCUUCUAUCCAAGAAGCAACUUCUCAGCUUCCUACAGAUUGUAUUCCACUACGUGGAAACGCACAAAAUGUAAACGAAGCGAUUUCUGAACUCGUAAAGGUCAUUCAACAGACUGCUGAAACGAAGAGUAUGAAAGUGGUCGAAGAAAUCAAAGUGAUGACGAAAACGAAAGAAGAAAAUUUGGAUAUCGAGGAAACCACAGCGAAACCUCUCGAAGAACUGAUAGAAGUCCUCAUGGUCUCUCAAGAACAAAUGAAACCAGAGGAUGCCUCGUCACUUGGUUCUGCUCCGCCUUCGAUAGAAUCAGCUGAAUUAACCAAACAACAAAAAUUAGAAGCAGAUAUCGCGAAGAAGAUAGUCAGUCCAAUACAAAAUCUUCGUGAAGCGAUUGCAAAGAUCGAGGAAGAGAAAUUGGAAGAAACUGAACAAUUGGAUUUGCCUACAAAGACAGCUGCAAUUAUCUUGAGUACUAUUAUUGAUCCUUUGGAAAAAUUGAAACAAUCUUUGGAUAUCUCUUCUCAGCAACAAACUGUAGAACAUGAAGAAAUUACGGAAGAAACACAAUCAAACGUUCCAUUUUUGCAAUCGCUACCAGUAGCCAAUAUUCUAGAAGAAUUGGAGAGGUCCAUCGCCGCAAUUCAAGAAGAAAUGAUCCUCGAAGCGAAUGAAGAAAUGAACGAAUUAGAGGAUAAGGCGUUAAUUGUAAAAGAAAUUGACAAAUCGCUAGAAAAUCUCAAAUUGUCAAUCGGUGCGGUGCAAAAAAUAGUAACAUUUGAAACUGAAAGGGCAGGAACAUUUUCCAAUAUAGAAGAGACACCGGCAGUCGAAACAUUCAUUGAAUCGGUGAAUGAAUUAAGAGAAAAAUGUACAGCGAUUGUUAGUUCUCCUCCAGUAAAGAUAGAAUCUCCAGAAAAAAUUCGAAAAGAAGAAUUGGAGCAAGUUUUAGAAAUGAUGAGUCAGCCUAUUCAACUCUUGCGUGAAACAGCUUCUAAGAUUGAAGAACAGAAGACUGAUGAGGUACGAGCUUUAGAUGAAACAAGCAAAAACGUAGUAGAAGCUUUGAAACCUCUGGUGCAUCCUUUAGAAGAAUUGGAACAAUUAUUAUGCACAGCAAUUCAACAAAUUCAUCCUUCGAAAGAUGAAAAGACUGAAGAAAUAAAGAGUACUACUUUACCUACGGAGCAAUUAAAGGUUAGUCCUGUAUUGGAAGAACUGCAGAAAUCAAUUGUUAUGAUAGAAGAACAGAUAGCUGUACAACCGAAGAAACUUGAUGUGUCCACUAAAAAAGUGGAAGCUUCUGUUGCCGAAUUGAUAGAAAGUCCAUUAAAAACUCUUAAAUCUGCUGUGACAGCCAUUCAAACACUUGAGGCAGAAGAAACCAAAGAAUUAACCAGUGAAGAGAAAACAACAGCCCUGAAAACGCUUGCCAAGUGUGUGGAAAAGAUAGCAAAUGUGUCUUCGGUGAUUUCUAGUCAACAAAAAGUUGAAAUUAGUACUCUGCAACAGCCACAAGUUGCUAAAAUAGAUAUACAAGAGUUUGGACAGCAAGCUCUCGAUAAUAUAGCAAGUCCAAUUCAAAUUUUACGUGAGACCAUUUCCAAACUUGACGAACAACAGGCACAAGAGACUGAAACUUUAAUUAUGUCAGAAACGAAAGAAAUCGCUGGUGUUUUACAUACGUUGGUCGAACCUUUGGAACAAUUAGAAAAAUCUUUGUCAGUGGCUGUUCAAGAGACGAGCAUCGUUAAAGACGAAUCUACAUCAGACUUGGAGGAUGUCCAAUCCUCUAUGAAGUUGAAUGUCGGGCCUGUUUUACAGCAGUUAGAAAAGUCUAUUGGUGUAAUUCAAGAACAAGUUUCUUUGGAACCUACUAAGGAAGAAUCGAAAGAUAAAUUGGUGGGUUCUGUCGCGAAGACUAUAGAAGAACCCUUGGAACAAAUGAAAUCUUCAGUAGCAGCUAUUAAGGAGAUAAUAUUGGAGACUGAACAAACGGGUAAUUUAUCAGACGUAGACAAAACUUCAAUUCUAAAAUCGUUCGCAAAAUCUGUGGAAGAAAUCGGUGAAAAGUGUUUAGCUGUAAUUUCCCAGCAACAGAUUGGCAUACAACUAGUCCCCAAAAAAAUAAAAGAGUCUCAAGUGGAGAUACUAGACAUGGCUGUCAGUCCUCUUCAACUACUUAGGGAAACUAUUAUCAAAAUCGAAGAAGAAAAAUUGCAACAAGUGGAAGCUCUCGAUUCUUCUAAAAUGGCUGCAUCAGAAAGUGCUUUGAAGAUCCUGGUAGAACCAUUACAAAGAUUAGAAACUUCGCUAUCUUCCACUGUUCAACAGGCAAUCUCGAUGGAACUCAACAAAAUUGAGGAAAUAUCUCAAGCAGCUCCACCUUUGCAAAAACUGGCUAUUCAACCUAUCGUGGAAGAACUUCAGAAAUGCGUAGCAUCGGUACAAGAACAAGUAAAAUUGCAAACAGUGGCAGAGCACUCCAUUGAGGAGGCUUCUAUCAUGCAAGCCACGGAAAAAUCGCUGGAAGACUUGAAUUCUUCUCUCGCGAUCAUUCAGAGUGUGGUAUCCACUGAACCAGGCGUAGAAGAAACACUGUCGGAGACAGAGAAGGUGACAGCGCUGCGACACUUCGCGAAAUCGGUGCAAGAACUAGAAGAAUGCAUGGCUAUGGUCAGUCAGCAUCAAGUGGACGCGAAGGAGACAGUGAUGGAGUCGAUGGAAGCUGAAAAACUAGAGAUACGAGUUCUCGAGACGAUUAUCGUGCCGAUUCACACGCUGCACGAGACUAUUAUGAAGAUACAGGAAGACAGCACUGAAGAAAUUGGCACGUUAGAAUUGCAAAAAGGGAAUGUGCAAACUUUGACUCCUUUAAUGCAUCCUCUACAACAGUUAGAAAGAUCUUUGGUGAACAUGGUUCAACAAGCAAGUGACCAGAAACUUGAAUCCGUGGAACAAAUUCAAAGAGAAACUCCACAGACUAUUGUCCUUCGACCAAUUUUGCAAGAAUUAAAAGAAAGCAUUGUUAAUAUUCAAGAACAGUUAGCUACGAGCUUUGAAGAAUCUUCAAAAUUAGAGACUGCGAAGGAUUUAAAUAAAGCACUUGAAGAACUAGAAACAGCUACUAUCGCUGUUCAACAUGUAUUCACGCUUUCUUCGGAAGAGACUGAAGAAAUAAAGACUCAGAAGAAAUCUGCCUUGGAAGCUUUCGCUAAAUCGAUAGAGCAGUUAGAAGAAAGAUGUUCAGCAGUGAUAAGUCAGAAGAAAGUAGAAAAGAAGUUGGAAGAAGCUGAGAAGCAACAAGCAAAGAUGGUGGAUGUUGAAAUUCUUCAGAAGAUAAGUAAUACGGUUCAUGUUCUACGCGAGUCGCUUUCUCACAUUGAAGAAGAGAAAAUGCAGCAGGUAGAAGAAUUGAAAAUCCCUAAAGAGAAAACUAAUGUGAAAUUAAAUGUUCUUAUAGAACCAUUGAAUAUAUUGGAACAAGCUUUACAGACUGCAUUGCUAGAAGGUAAAGUGCUAGAAGAAGAGACUACAAAGGAGUUGAAGAAGAGUGAAAUUCCUGUUGAUAAAUUAAAUUUACAACCUGUAUUGGAAGAAUUCCAGAAAUCCAUCAUUACUAUUCAACAGCAAACGAGUGAAACCGCGACAAUUUCAGGAGAAGUUAGUGAAGUUAGCAUGAUGCUAGCAGCAGAGAAGUCUUUAGAACAGAUGAAAUUGUCUGUGGCAGCUGUUCAGGAAAUAACAAUUGCUCAGCAAGAUCAAACAAAAGAAUUGAGGACAGGUGAAGAAAAGUCUCGAUUGGAAGCUUUUGCACGAUCGAUGGAAGAAACUGGAGAAAAACUGUUAGCUGCAGUCAAACAAUACGAAGUGAAGAAAUCUGAAGAAGUUCCGGCGAAGAACAAAGUGGUCGAAGAUUUUGUAAAAACUGUCAUUGAACCUAUUAACGAGCUGCAAACUACAAUUUUGAAUAUAGACAAACAAAGUGAAAUAUUGGGGAAGAAGAAAGAAGAAGAAGUUGUACUCUUCUUGAGCAUGGUGCAACCAUUGCACAAACUCGAAGAAUCGUUCUUAUCAGCCAUGCAGCAAGAAGCAGUAACAAAAUACGAAACUGUCAAAGAAAUUUCUCAAGCAAUUCCAGCUUUACAAGAAUUACCAAUUAAAUUGACAUUAGAAGAACUUAACAAAAACGUGGCAGAAAUUCAGAAGCAACUGGUUUUUGCCAAGGAAACUUUAAGUUUAACAGGAGAUACUGAAGACUUUGCUGUAAUAAAAAAUCUAGAAAGAUCAUUAAGUGAUUUAAGAACGUCCGUAGCUGUGGUGCAACAAUUGACAACUAUAGAAAAACCUGGCGAACAAAUUCUAGACGUCGAAAACGCGUCUGCGUUGCAAGCAUUUGGAAAAGCUGUGGAAGAGUUCAGAAAACAAUGUUCUGCGACUAUCUCAAAACCAAAAGUGAUUGCUACAAUUAUAGGAACGAUUCAAUUAGAGACACCACAGAAACUUGAAGCUCAAAUUUCAGAAACAGUUACUGUUCCUGCCAAGUUAUUACAAGAAUCCAUUUCGACUAUGGCAGAGAUUAAGCUUCAAGAAGCUGAAAUAUUGGAAACAUCGGAUACGAAGAAACCUAUGACGAUAUUAACCGAACUUAUCCCACCGUUGCAACGAUUAGAACAAUGUUUCGUUGCUGCGAUUCAAGGAGAACAUGUGAUAGAGCACGAUACGAAGAGUUUAGAAACUGAUAAGGUAUCAUUUGAAAAGACAACUUUAAAACCAAUACUCGAGGAGUUCCAGAAAUCAAUCGCAGUGAUUGAAGAGCAUAUGAUGGUAGAAGAGGGCAUGCAAAGUAUGUCAGAGACUGGCAAUGCUUCUCAAUUGAAGACAAUGGCAUGGACGUUGACAGACUUAAGAACUUCUGUGGCUGCUAUUCAACGGGCCGUUGAAUUUGCUCCAGAAUUUUCAGAAGAAUUCUCUAAAACUGAAAGUGUCGCGGCAUUUGAAACAUUUGCAAAGACUCUUCACGAUUUAGUAAAACGUGCUGCCACUAUCGAUCAACAACAGAUAAUUAUCGAACCAGCAGCAGAUACUAUCUCAGAAGAAGCCUCGUCUUUGAAGACUUGGGCGGAUGUUGUUGAAGAAACAAAUGUUCAAGUCACAGAACCGAUGAUUGUGGAUCAAGGUACCGUAGAAUCGCCCUCAGAAAUGGCUCUUUCAAUUUCUGAAGAAGAAACACAAACUUUGAAGAGUUUGGCUAAGCCGCUCAGUGAGUUAAAAGAGUGUCUGGCGAUAAUCGUCGAAGAAAGAAAAUCAAUGGACGCGAAUGAGAUUGCUCUGACGUUAUCCGAAAGAGAGGACAUUUCUUUAUUGAAGGCUAUGGCACAGCCUUUAUUAGAACUAAAAAACGUAGCUGUGUCUGUUAUCAACGAGCAAACAGCCAUUGAAUCUGCGAAAGAGAAAUCUUUUGAUAGUGGGGGAAAGCCAGAAACUACACUAAAUCCAUUAAUUGAACCUUUAGAAGAACUUUGCAAUUCGAUUGCAUUAAUCGAAGAUCGCAUAUUGGUUGAAUCUGUGGAAGAUCGACCAGUUGAUGAGGUGUCUUUGUUAUCUGCUUUAGCUGAGCCCUUGAUAAUUCUGCACCGAAGCAUUUCUGUACUUGAAGAACGAGUGAUGUCUCCUGAAGUGGAACCAAUGCCAGAAGAAUCGAGUCAUUGGAUCACAGAAUGUUUGGCAGUUCCUCUACAAGAAAUAGAAAGAUCUAUUGCUGAGAUUCGAGAGUGCGUUGUGGUGGAACCUGAGCCUGGACUUAUUGAAGAGAUGUCGAGGAUUGAUACACCAGAUUGGUCUGUCGUUGAGAAAUUGGUGCAACCGGUGGAAGUUAUAAAAUCGACAAUCAUUGAAAUGGAAGAAAAUAUUAUUAAAAAUACGAAAGCAGAGAAGGAAAAUGAAUAUGAGAUAGUGAAGACAUUGGUGCAACCAUUAGCUGACGUGCAGGAAAGCUUCCUAGUGCUGAAAAAUAAGACUGAUAUGAGUAUAGAGGAAGAAGAAGCUAGUAUCGAUGCUAUUGUGGAUUCAUUAUCUAAUCUUGAGAAAAGUAUAUCGUUUAUUGAAGAACAAGCUGCUGAAAAAUUACAAUUAGCCUCAAAUAUAACAGAAACUAUAAUUGGAUACUUGGCUGAACCUCUGUUGCAACUGAAAGAGAAGAUUAUGACAGUGGAAGAAUCUUCGACUGUAUAUCUUGAAAACUUGGAGAAACCGUUGAAAGGAUUACAAGCUGCUUUGGAAGCUGUUCUGUCUGAUCAACGUGAGGAAGUGCAAAAGCAGAAGAAAGAGAGUGUUAUUUCUAUGGAAGAAGUUACAAGAAUAUCGACGAAGUUGAUUCACUCUAUUAAAGAAGUAAACGAUUCUAUUGAGUCGAUUGAUAAUAAGAUAGAAAGUUACAAAGGUUUGCUAGGUCUAGAGAUUCAGAUUGAGAAGGAAGCUUUGAAUAUGUUGGCUAAGCCACUUAAACAACUUAAGCAGGGAAUUCAAAGUGUUUUAGAUAAACAAGAGAUUGGAGAAGGGCCGAUGGAAUCAUUGAAAAUGCUUCGAAAGGCAAUUGCGAUUGUUAGAGAGCAAUCUGCUGAUAAACCUAUAGCUGAACCCUCACAUUUGGAGAUUACGGAAAUUUAUGGCGUGUUAAAAACCUUGAACAUAAGUUUGUAUGAGCUGGAAGAUUCUAUCAAGAAGGUUGAAGCACUGUGGAAGGAUAGUUUAAGCGGAGAAGGGAUUGUGGAGCUCGAAACGCCUAUUUUGAAUUUGAUGAAUGAUAUAAACUUGCUUCGAGAUAAAUUGCUAAAUGUACAGGUAGUGUGGGAGGAGGAUAAAGAGAAAAAGAAAGGUAAGAAGAAAGAGAAAGAAGAAGUUGAAGAAGAAAUGAAAAUAAUGGACAAGGACGAGGAUGAACGUAAGAAGGAAGAGGAAGUUGACAAACAGAAACAUAAAGAGGAAGAAAAGAAACGGGAGGAAGAACAACAGUUGAGAGAAGAGGAGGAGAAGAAGAAAACUGAGAAACUGAAGCAGGAGGAAGAGGAACGUAAGAAAAAGGAAGAAGCUGAAAAACUGAAGCAGGAGGAAGAGGAACGUAAGAAAAAGGAAGAAGCUGAAAAACUGAAGCAGGAGGAAGAGGAACGUAAGAAAAAGGAAGAAGCUGAAAAACUGAAGCAGGAGGAAGAGGAACGUAAGAAAAAGGAAGAAGCUGAAAAACUGAAGCAGGAGGAAGAGGAACGUAAGAAAAAGGAAGAAGCUGAAAAACUGAAGCAGGAGGAAGAGGAACGUAAGAAAAAGGAAGAAGCUGAAAAACUGAAGCAGGAGGAAGAGGAACGUAAGAAAAAGGAAGAAGCUGAAAAACUGAAGCAGGAGGAAGAGGAACGUAAGAAAAAGGAAGAAGCUGAAAAACUGAAGCAGGAGGAAGAGGAACGUAAGAAAAAGGAAGAAGCUGAAAAACUGAAGCAGGAGGAAGAGGAACGUAAGAAAAAGGAAGAAGCUGAAAAACUGAAGCAGGAGGAAGAGGAACGUAAGAAAAAGGAAGAAGCUGAAAAACUGAAGCAGGAGGAAGAGGAACGUAAGAAAAAGGAAGAAGCUGAGAAACUGAAGCAAGAGGAAGAGGAACGUAAGAAAAAGGAAGAAGCUGAGAAACUGAAGCAAGAAGAAGAGGAACGUAAGAAAAAGGAAGAGGCUGAGAUAUUGAAACAAAAAGAGGAAGAACGCAAGCAGAAAGAAGCUGAUAAAUUAAAGCAAGAAGAGGAACGUAAAAAGAAAGAAGAGGCUGAGAAAUUAAAGCUAGAAGAGGAACGUAAACAGAAAGAAGAGGCUGAGAAAUUAAAGCAAGAAGAAGAACGUAAAAAGAAAGAGGAAGCUGAAAAAUUAAAGCAAGAGGAAGAGCGUAAAAAGAAAGAAGAGGCUGAAAAACUAAAGCAAGAAGAGGAACGUAAAAAGAAAGAAGAGGCUGAAAAACUAAAGCAAGAGGAAGAGCGUAAAAAGAAAGAAGAAGCUGAGAAAUUAAAGCAAGAGGAAGAGCAUAAAAAGAAAGAAGAGGCUGAGAAAUUAAAGCAAGAAGAGGAACGUAAAAAGAAAGAGGAAGCUGAAAAAUUAAAGCAAGAAGAGGAACAUAAAAAGAAAGAAGAAGCACAAAAAUUAAAAGGGGAAAAGAAGCGUAAAAAGAAGGGAGAAACUGAUAAUCUAAAACAGGAGGAAGUACGUAAGAAACAAGAACCUGAACAAUUAAAACAGGAGGAGGAGGAACGUAAGAAGAAAGAAGCAGCUGAGAAAUUGAAGCAAGAACAAGCACGUAAGGAACAAGAAGAAAAAUUAAAACAUGAUGAAGAUCGUAAGAUAGAAGAAGCUGAGAAAUUGAAACAGGAGGAGGAGCAUAAGAAGAAAGAAGAAGUUGAACAAUUAAAGGAAGAGGAAAUGCAUAAGAAAAAGGAAGGAGCACAAAAAUUAAAAGAGGACAAGAAACGUAAAAAGACAGAAGAAACUGAGAAAUUAAUUCAGGAGGAGGAACGUAAGAGGAAGCAAGAAACUGAAAAAUUAAAACAAGAAGAAGAGCGUAAAACAAAAGAAGCUGAGAAAUUGAAACAAGACGAAGAUCUUAAGAAGGAGGAGGAAGACAGACGUCGGAAAGAAGAACAAGCUGAAAAGUUAAGACAGGAAAAAGAACAGCAGGAGCAAGAGGAGGCUGAGAGAAAGAAACAAGAGGAAGAAGCACGUAGAAAGAAAGUGGAAGGAGAACAAAAGAUUGAAUCGGAGGCAUUGGAACAAAAAGAAGAAAAGUUACGUAAAAGGAUAGAAAAACGAAGAUUACAACAGGCGGAAGAUGAGCGCACGGAACGGGAAGAAGCAGAAAAACGGAAGAAGGAGCAAGAGCAGAGAAAACGCGAAAGGGAAGAGCGUGCGAAGAAAGAGGAAGAGGAAAGACGCAAACAUGAGGAAGAGGAGUACAAAAGGAAAGAGGAAAGAGCGAAAUUGAAAAAGGAAGAAGAAGAACGCAGGAAAGCUGAAAAAGCAGAAAAGUUAAAGAAAGAACUGGAACGGGAAGACCAGAGACGAGAAGAAAUCAGGCGUCGAAGAGAAGAACAAGAAAAACAGAUAAGACAAGAAGCCGAGAAAGUUAGGAAAGCUGAAGAAGAACGGUUAAGGAAAGAAGACGAAACGCGCGAACGUAGAAGAAGGGAACGUGAACAAAGAAGACAGGAAGAGGAAGCGAAAUUACGCAAAGAAGAAGAAGAGAGACUUCAAAGAGAAGAAGAACGCAGAAGAAAGAGGAAAGAAGCUGAAAGACAAUGGAACGAAGAUAAAGAAUCUAUGAGGAGGAGGGAAACUGAACGUUUGGAAAGAAGAAGAGCCGAAGAGCGUCAGAAUAGAGAAGAAUCUGAGCGUUCGAGGCGGGAAGACGAAGAAAGAAGAUGCAGAAGGGAAACAGAAAGGCAAUUAAGAAGAGAAGAAGCAGCGCGAGAAAUGAAGGAAGAAGAAGAACGCGUAAGAAGACGACAGGAAGAAGAAGCAUCCAGGCUUCGUAGACGAAGACAAGAACAACUAAGAGACGAUACUUGGUCCAAAAUAAGACAAAGCGAAUCGGAUCAAUUAUUUAGAAAAAUGGCGGAUGACGCGCUUCGAAUUGGAAGAAUGAAAGCUGGCUCUUCUGACGUGGAAUUUUGGCGGGACAGACGAGACAAAUCUUAUCGACACGACUCUGGUUUCGAUUCGGGGCUCUCUAGCACUUCUAGAUCGUACAGCUGGAGAGAUUCCCUGACAUCUUUGACCAGGAAGAGAAUCGAUGAUUUUCUUGAUUAUAAACUGAGGGAUACUCCGAUCGAUAGAUACUACUAUGAUACUGGGACGUACUACAGAAGAAGAAGAAAAAGGGACGAUCAAAUUACUCGAACAAGAUCUAUUAGUUUGUUGAAGUACGAUGACUAUUCGACGGGUGAUAGUGACACGACUAUUACAGCUGCUACUGUUAGCAAACCACCGAGGUACACUAGCAGAACAAAGACUAGUUCACGAAUUGAUUUGGACGACCGUGGUUCGAAUUUGUCUAUAUAUUUGCCGCCUAUCAAGGACGAGCUUACACCACGUGACAAGGGAAAGAAGCCAUCGUUCUGCACAAGAUUGACGAAUAGAACCGUAGGAGUUGGUAUGAGGACGAGAUUAACCUGCACCGUACUUGGACACCCAGAACCAAGAGUUUACUGGACAAAAGAUGGCGAGAGGCUUGACAUAACUACGAACAAAUAUAAAACUCGAUUCGAUAAUGGUAUGGCUUAUUUUGAAUUGCACGAAGCACUCCCUGAAGACUCCGGAUUGUAUACCUGUGUUGCCGAAAAUAUUCACGGAAUCGCGACCACCGAAUCCACAUUAAAAGUUUAUCCCGAUUUCCAACCAGCAUUGUCACCCCCCACUUUUACAAGAUCUAUCAAAGACACUUAUCGACCAUCCGACAAUGAGUUGAUCCUGGAAUGUCGAGUUCGUGGCCAUCCAAUACCGAUCAUCUCCUGGUUGAAAGACGGUUGCAUUCUUCAAGGCGAUCGAUUCAGACAAUGUUACUUAGACGAUGGUAUCUACCGGUUGGAAAUUGCUGCACCCAAUUCAACGGACAGCGGUCGAUAUACCUGCAGAGCAAUGAACGAUCUACGAACCGAAGAGAUAUCGCAUGUCGUUCAAUUCAACGAACGGGAACGACGAAUCGUGGGCAAACACGAGAAAUCGUUCGACGACUACUUCAACAUCGAAACUUACAAGAGACCGCGAUUUUCUAGCUAUUUGAGCGAUUACAGCGUUCCCAAAGGCGGUACUAUCGCCUUGCAAGUCGAAGUCAAAGGUGUUCCGGCACCCGAAGUAAGAUGGUUCCGCGGCGAAAGACGAGAGCCGGUCUCCAUCCCGAAAGCGAAGACGUUCAUAGAGUCUGGUGUUCACACGUUGGUUUUACCGGAAGUCACCGAAUCAGAAAGGGGCACGUACAUUUGCAGAGCUAUUAACGCUUAUGGCCACGUAGACAGUAUCGCUACUGUAGAUGUAAUAUCACCUAGCGCCAUGGAUGGUGAAAAGCCAGCCAUGUUCGUUUCCAGACCCUCGGAAAAAUCGAUUACAGUUACUUCCGGAGAGGACGUCAGUGUUUCCUUUAGGUUCUGUGGAGUACCUAAACCUCGUGUUACGUGGAUGAAGGGAUUAAAAGACAUCACGGACGGUCCUCGAUCUUACAAAGAAACUAUCGACGAUUACGUGAGACUAACACUGAAGAGAGUGGUACCUUCGGACGAAGGCACGUACUGCAUUUUGCUUAAGAACAGAUACGGUUGUGACAGAAGUUUCUUUUCGAUCAAGGUAAAACAACGGGCAAGAUCUCUGACACCUGACUGGAGCACUUUGAGCAGUCGUACCGAGACCGGAAGUUGCAUUGGUCUGUCCAGCGAGAGUCGCGACGAAGAUCUGCCCUACGUGAAAAAUGUUCCAGGACCAAUUACGAGCGAACCGGUGGUAGUUGACGGAGGAAAGAACUGGUUGUCUUUGAGUUGGGGAAAAGCAGAAAGGAGAGGACCAGCGCCUGUCAUCGCAUACAAAGUCGACGCUUGGUUGCUGGGCAGUGACGGUGGCGCACGAUGGGUCGAGCUGGGUAUGACACCAAUCAACGCGUUCGACGCGUUCAAUCUGAAACCCGGUGGCGAGUACAAGUUCCAAGUAACGCCAAGGAACCGUUAUGGAUGGGGCGAGUCCGUCACUAUGACGAAUUCCGUCAAGGUCAGCGAAAUCGUCGAUCUUCCGGAGUUCACGAAGAUUUUGCCAGGUCAGCUCAAAGUGCUCGAAGGGGCCACAGUCAAAUUGGAAUGCGAGAUACGGGCUGAUUCGAAGGUAGACAUAAAAUGGUACCACGAAUCGAUGGAAAUUGAUGCCAACGGUGACUCUAGAUUGUCGAUUUAUCACAGUGCAACCAGGUGUUGUUUGACGAUUGAAAAUGUUCAGGAAAUCGACAGUGGCAGAUACGUUUGCGAAGCGAGUAAUUCGAUUGGAAAGGUUUCGUCGUUCGCUAGGGUACUCGUUGUUAAUGAUCCCAAGAUCAUUGAGGCUGAUGAGAAACUUAGAUCGAGAGGCUUGGGAGACGAAACGGAAGACAGACCACCGCAAUUCACAAUGAGAGUUCGAGAUAGAAGAGUUCAAGCAACCUUUCCAGUUAGACUCACGUGUCAAGUGACAGGAUAUCCGGCUCCAGAAGUCACAUGGUAUAAGGAUACCGAAGAGAUUCGACAAGAUGAACGUCACGUAUUCUGGAACAAUGAUUCGAACUUCCACACCCUGGAGAUUAUUCACUCCAUGUUGGAAGAUUCCGGCUGUUACAUGGUUAUGGCGAAGAACGCGAGUGGUUCGGUGUCCUGUCGAUGUAUCCUGGUAGUAGACAAAGGAAUUCGCGCUUACAUUGCUCCAGAAUUCCUGUGUAGCCUUGACGCUGUUUAUACCGUGAAACUAGGCGGAGAUCUGCGGAUGACAGCUCAAAUAGAAGCUUAUCCCAGUGUUGGCAUCGUAUGGCAUCGCGACGGAAUUCGUUUACGUCCAAGCAGAAGAGCAGUAAUGACCUUGAACCACGAUGGUACCGUCGAGCUGUGCUUGGCCAAGGUCACUCAAAGGGAUGCUGGCGUUUAUUGUUGUACAGCUACGAACGAGGUUGGCUUUGCCGAGACUUCGACAAGAGUAUCCAUUAUUGGCACUGAAACGCAAGAUGACGAGAUGUCCGCUGAAGGAGUGCCAACUGUAACGAUCGUGUCCACGCCAGACAUACCAUACUCGAAGGAACCUCUCUUCGUCACAAAACCACUGUCUACCGAGGCGAUUGAAGGCGACAAUGUUAUUAUAUCCUGUGAGGUGGUGGGUGAUCCGAAACCGGAAGUGAUGUGGCUGCGCGAUUUUCUCAGGCCUGAUUACUACAGGGACGCAGCCCACUUCCGGCUGGUCGGCGAAGGACCUCAGUAUCGACUGGAGAUACCGUACGCGAAACUCGACUUUACGGGAACGUAUUCCGUAAUAGCGCGGAACUGCCAUGGGGAGGCCAAAGCCGUGAUUUCUUUGCAGAUCUACGCGAAAGGUCAAGGCAAAGAGGAGAAAAUGAAGAAAUCAGGGGUCACACACGGAAAGGUGCUGACUUUGCCGAUAGUUACGAGGGAGCUGCGAGAUCUGAGAUGCUGCGACGGCGACGCUGUUACCCUUGAAUGCAAAGUACACGCUACUCCCGAGGCGCCAUUGGUGCGUUGGGAACGUGGGGGGAAGAUUCUACAAAUGGGUGGCGAUUUCUCCGCUGACUUUGAUGGAGAAACCGCGCGUCUGAGCAUCCAACAUGUUUAUCCGGAAGACGAGGGCGAAUAUACAUGCGUGGCAUAUAACGACCUUGGAAAAGCAUUCACGUCAGCCUGCCUAAUAGUGGAUGUGCCUGAAGGGAAAGAGAAUGUUUUGAGCCAAAGAUUGACGAGGCCCGCAGGACUUCUAUCGGCCGGAUCGACGCCGAGAUCGACGCCACGCUCAACACCGAUCAGGAGUUUGUCUCCUGCAGUUUCGCAUGGUCGAGAAUUAAGGUCUCCGCAGCUUCUUCCACGAAGUAGGUCGAUGUCAAGACGGCCAAAGAUCAGUCCACCGAAAUUUUACGCAGUUCCGCAUAAUCGCGUGGUCGAGGAAGGGGAAACCGUGCGAUUCCAAUGUGCUGUAGUUGGCCACCCGUCACCAUGGGUGAAAUGGGACAAAAAUGGCAUAAUUGCCACGCCAACCGCUAGAAUCUCGAUAAAAGAAAGAGACGACGUAAAGAUAUUGGAAAUCGUCGAAGUAACCCAAGAAGACGCAGGACUGUACAGAGUGAUCGUGGAGAAUGAUUAUGGUCGUAUCGAAGCCAGUGCCCGCCUGGAAAUAAUUAAUCGUCAAUUACUUGGGUCGGUUGCCAGAACAAUCAGAACUAGGAGCGCAUCGCCUAGAACGUAUCCGUCAUUUAGCCGAAGCCUCUUAGACACAACUAGCAGAAUAAACGGAAGAUUAUAUCUCGAUUGCGGUAUUAGAGGAACGCCUAGUCUAACACCAACGUGGUUCAGGAAUGGACGCCCGUUGGAACGAUCGAUUCGAGUAAAAAGGUACUUCGACGGAACAACUGCGAAAGUCGAAAUUUUGAAAGUAAAAGCGAGCGACGCGGGUGAGUACACCUGCGUGGCAACGAACGUCCUUGGUUCUACAAAGAAUUCUUGCCAGGUGACCGUUCUUGAUUCUCAUAAUCCGUCUACGUGCGACAAAGAUCCGCCGAAAUUCUUACAGUCUCUUCCAGAAGAAUCGAUCGUCAUGGAAGGUCACUGUUACGAACUACAGACGAGACUUGCGGGUACACCGCCUUUUUCGGUGACUUGGUUAAAGGAUGGUCGUGAGAUACCUGACAACGAUUACCAUAAAUACGUCAUAUAUGGUGACGGUGGCGUCGCACUAAGAUUAUCCAAUGUUUGUCCACAAGAUGCUGGCGAGUAUACUUGCCUCGUUCGCAAUAAUUUCGGAGAGGUGUCUAGCAACGGCCUGUUUGCUGUUCAAGAUUACAAAGGUAUUCCGAAAUUGGCGCCGCAGUUCACGAAAACACCUGUGUCGGUCAUUACACCGAAAGGUGAGACUGCCUGUUUCUGUGCUCGGGUGCAAUGUGGAAAACCCAUGGAAAUCACGUGGACGAUCAAUGGAAAGGACAUCAGAGAAAAUUCAAGGUGCAAGGUUGAAAGAGACGAUAACGUUAGCAUUCUUAGGAUACACGAUGUACAACCGCGAGAUAUCGGUGAGAUUCGAUGCACCGCAUCCGUGACUGGUAAAGGACCGUCGAUUAGUUGCACAGCAGAACUACGAUUCCAGCGAACGGUACAGAAUUUCGAAGAAUCGAGACGUCACGAUACGCUGGAAAUUAACAACGAAAAGCCACCAAAAGCUGUUAAUUGUAGCCGUAACAAUUCUCUGCGAAAGGCAAGAAGAGACGUUCUCUCUUCCUCUCGAAAUCAAUUACACGAGUCUCCUAUACGAAUCAGAUCAUCCUCGUUGCCUCUCAGAUCUACUUCAAGUCCUAAACAACUGUCUCCUGCACCCGCGAGGAAGAAUAUUCUUCAAAGUCCGUUACUCGAUACCAGGAAAACACUGGCGACCAACAAAACGAAUAAAAGGAUAGUUCGCGGCUCGAAAAAGUUGGAACGUAAAGUUACUCAACAAGUGCGCUACAAAUCUAAUGAACACAGGAUUUCGUCGUCUUCAGACGAGGAACAAACAAGGGAUAUUUGUAAAGAAAAAUCUUCUGAAGUAUCGAACGAAAAGAUAUCAAAAUUAGUUGAAAACAAAGAAGAAUGUAUAACGAGUUCAACAGAGGUUUCUGAUCCGUAUAAGACUGGUAACAAUGCGAAACAAAUUCAAGAUAACUAUAAUAAACACGAUAAUACACCUAUAAUAUGCAUGGAAAGCGCUCUGCAAGAGUUGGAGGAGGAUUCGAUUGUAAAGAAGGAAGAAAUCGUGGCGAAAGAGGAGGAGAAAGUUACUAUUAGGCCGGAGGAAUUCGUGGCUGCCAGUAUCGUAAAGGUACCGGCUGACGUCACAGUUUUCCGAGGAAACAGAGUAGUCCUCAGGGUCACGUAUCGAGGUCAUCCGGAACCAGUCGUCAAGUGGCUACGAGCAGGUCGAGAGUUGACUGCAAACAAAAAGACUGCUAUUACCUACGGCGGUGGAGUGUCUUGCUUAAUAUCGGACGAUGUGACCGCUGACAAUGCCGGGAAAUACGAAGUGUCCGUGGAAAAUAAACUGGGAAAGGACCGACGGUGUUUCAGCGUUGCUGUUGAAGGUCCACCAGACCCGCCAGCGAGUGUUCCAAACAUAUGCUGUUCUACAGGGGCAACGACCAUUAAUUGGCGAUCGUCUCCCUACGAUGGUGGUUGCACGGUUACCGGUUAUACCGUGGAAAUGAACCGUGCCGAUGAAAACACUUGGAUGACGAUCGCAGAAUCCUGUCUUUCGUUGAGUCUCACGCUACCUGAUGUUGGAACAGACACCGUGAUACCUGGUGAAAGAUAUCGUUUCCGCGUAAGAGCUGAAAACAUACAUGGGGUUAGCGAACCUGGAGAGGAAUCUGAAUUUGUUCGAAUUCCGAAACAAGGGGAAACGUGUUUGCAAGACGACGAAGACGAAUUUAAGCCACCGUUCGAAGCUCGAAUAGUGGAAAUGGAAGAUGGACAAUUGUUUAAUCAUCGAUACGAGAUAUUGGAGGAAUUGGGCAAAGGUCGAUACGGAACUGUACGGAGGGUGGUGGAGAAAUCUUCAGGUACGAGCUUCGCGGCAAAAUUUGUCAGGACCAUUAAAACGAAGGAUCGAGAGCAAGUUCGAGAGGAAAUUAGAAUCAUGAACAUGCUGCGACAUCCAAAACUCCUCCUUUUGGCGGCUGCUUUCGAGAGUCCUCGAGAAAUCACGAUGGUUACGGAAUAUAUUUCUGGUGGCGAACUUUUCGAGAGAGUUGUUGCUGACGAUUUUACCCUGACCGAAAGAGACAGUAUACUGUUCAUGAAACAAAUUUGCGAGGGUGUCGAAUAUAUGCAUCAGAAUAAAGUGGUGCACUUGGACCUGAAGCCGGAGAACAUAAUGUGUCGAACACGAACUUCCCAUCAAAUAAAACUCAUCGAUUUUGGUCUAGCACAGACACUCAAACCAGACACACCGAUCAGAGUCCUUUUCGGCACACCAGAAUUCAUUCCACCAGAAAUAAUAAGUUACGAACCGAUCGGUACCGAAUCGGACAUGUGGAGCGUCGGUGUAAUCUGUUACGUUCUCUUAACCGGUUUAUCACCAUUCAUGGGCGACAAUGACGCCGAGACCUUCGCCAACAUCACUCGGGCUGACUACGACUUGGAAGAUGAGGCCUUCGAUGCGAUUUCCAACGACGCUAAGGACUUCAUCAGCAGCCUGCUUGUCAAACGAAAGGAAUCGCGAAUGUCGGCGAGGCAAUGUUUGGAACAUGCUUGGAUGGCGCAACACGCGGAAGCCAUGAGUAGGAUAGCUUUGCCGACAGAAAAGCUGAAGAAAUUCAUCGUACGAAGAAAGUGGCAGAAAACAGGAAAUGCCAUUCGUGCACUGGGAAGGAUGGCGAUACUUUCAGCGAACAGCAGACGAAGUCCGACAGCGACCGCAGAAUCCUCGCCAACCUCGGAUCCCAUUGAAUCACCACGAACGAUCGAUUUUGACGUUUCAUCGAACGAACAAAAAUCACGUGACAUUGACGAUGCGAUAGAAAAGAACAACGAGAGCACGAACGAGCUAGAUACUCGAGAAAGGAACCUGUAUUCGUUCUGUUAUAAGACAAAGAUGAACAUCUCGCCAGAGGAAACGUUAGACCUGUCUCAAAAGGAAGUAACAGGCGUAUCGUCGGACCUUGACGAGUCGUCAUUGAAAAAUGAACCGACGACGGAUCACGCGGGAUCGUGUUCUCAGGGAAAUGGAUCCGGAGGGACCCGAGAAACUGAUACAGUUGAGGAAACUGAGGGCCAGAACGAAGUUCAGUCAGAGGAACUGCUUCCUAUGGAGAGAAUCGAAGAGGAAACCGAAAUCGUGACGCGAUGUCAGGUCGAGGAGCGUACCUUGAUAACCGAAGAAAUUUCGAUUUUAACGAGUGUAACCGUGGAAGGAAAAAGUUUGAUCGACUUCAAUGACAAAUCGCAAUCUUAUCAGGAUUUACUUUGGGACGAGGUUACUACAAAAUCAACGAUCAAUGAUGAGAUUAAUUCUCCGGAACUAGUGACUUCAGAAUGCAAACAAGACUCGACUUGGAACGUGGAAGAAAAGACGGUCAGUGAGGAUACAUUUAUGGAAAUAGACAAGGAAUUGAAGCAGAAGACGGACCGAGAAUCGAGUGUAAACUCGCAGAAGUCGCGUCGGGUUUUCAGAGGCGACUCGCGAGAUUCUGGGAUCGGAGAUUGUAUUUCCAAUUUAUCCGCGUCUUCGCAACAAGUGAACGAACUAGGCAUUUCGUCGAUUAAAGAAGAAGAGGCGGACAACGAAAAUAAUAGCGACAACCUUAAAAACGUGUUACAAAAGGUGGAGCAAUUUGAAAGUCGUAGGACAUCGCUCGAGGAAAUCAACGAAAUGUCAGACGCAGGAAACAUUGAAGUUUCGGACCCAAAGAAACAUACCAAAGGAAAUAUCGAGGUAGCUACACUGAGUGGUGUGACUAAAGCUUCGCGUGAAAUUAAUCGACAGCAUGAAGUGCCCGAAGAAAUUGAGGACCCAAGGCUACUAAUCGGAAGAAUUCGUAGCAAGUUCGUUCCGACCGGAAACGUGAGUCGUACCGCCAAAUUAUUCGAGAAAGAGGCAGCAGAAUCGAAAUCACCGACGAACGUACCGCACGUGUCGCAACGUACAAAUCCUGUGAUCACUAUGACGCCAGGAAAACCACACAACGAGAGGAUACAAAAAGCUUUCGCCUUUUGGAAUAAAUAAGCCGUGAACGAGUGCAUAUGAGUCAUCAUCGAUAUCACUCGGAGAAUAACCGGUAUUUUUCGAUAAAUUGACGAAUAUUUUAAAAAUCGUUUGACUGAAACUCUAUGGGUUAUUACACCUAAAAGUGUUAUUUUCGUGUUUUAAAAGAGUCACGGAUGAAUAGAAUUAUUAAUAAUAUAUAAGUUGUUUUUUAAACAUCGAAACGUGCGUUGUGUUAUUACACAAACAAUAAUUUAAUCAUACACCAAACCUCGUUAAUAAUGACGAAAAUGAAAAAAAAAAGAGAAAGGGUAAAAACUGGAACUUUAUCAACGCGAUAGGGACGAGUUGAAGUUUAG